UCGGAGUGAUCUGCCCUUCGCAGUUGGCUUUAAAGCUCACCUGUUAAACAGCGUUACUUGUAAGUGUGACUUCAAGAACAUGGAUGUUCAAAGUUUUCAAACAAAUGCUAAUAACUUUUUCGGACGUGUCAUUCAGAUGGCUGAAGAGGCAUUCAAUACAGCUGAACGAACACCUUUGAAUAUGGAUUUAGACAGACUAAUUAAAGAAAGCGAAAAAAGAAGAAAAUGGGCGGAAAGUCUAGUCGCGCAAACAGAAAACAUGAUUCAGCCAAAUCCAGCUCUACGAGUUGAAGAUCUUAUCCUUAAAGGUAUGGAUCGAAAAAAAUGCGUACAAAUGCCGGUGAACAAUUGGGUGAAAGUAUGAAUGCUAUUGGAGAUCUUCUUGGUGAAAGAACUUCUGGAGGUUCAGCACUUAAGAUAUGUGCAUCAAGUCAAAUAAAAAUUGGCCAAGCUGAACAUAAAUUACAGGAGAAAGUUACUUCAGAAUAUAUCGACUGGUUACGUGAUUAUGUAGCAAAUGAAGCCAAAAUUGCAAAACAAGAGCGAGACAAUUUGGAAACUGCUCGUUUAGAUUUGGAUCGCUUAAAAACAUUGCAAAAACGCGCUAAAAACGAUAAACAGAAAGAGUUGAGUCUACAAGUUGACGAGUCACAGAUGAAAUUCCAGCGUCAAUGUGUUGCUACAAAAAAGAUGUUAGAAGAAAGCAUUGAAAAAUUUGAUUCACAAAAAGAUCAAUUAAAAAAACUUUUGACUGCACAAUUAAGUUAUUUCGAAGCAUGCUCAGAUGCAGUGAGUACAGCAUUACGUGAUUUAUAAGGCUGAAAACAUGAAAAGAUGAUCAAAGAAUACUACAAAUGUGUCUGAUCAAUGAUAUGCAGCUUCAAAAAUUGGAUGAUCAGCUCUCAGUUAUUUGUCUUCAUCCAUAUAUAUAUAUAUGUGCCUUUUUUUCAUCAAAAUUUUUUUGGUUUAAAAUUCCUUUUUAUUAUUUUUUUUUUGAUGUGAAAUUAUUUCUUUGCAAAUGUUUUCUAAAUGUUUUGCUUUUAGAAUAUUUUUACAGUGGAAUUUUAUAUACAUAAAGGUUUCUAAAUAAUAAUAAUAAUAAUAAUAAUAAUAAUAAAGGAACGAUAAAUUUCUUAUCUUACAUUGUCCUUUCACACUGUGAUAUUCUUUUCUCUGUUUACAGGAUAGUGGUAAUAACGAAUUUACAUAAUUUCCACUUGAAGGUUGGUUAUUCCCAUGGAUUAUGUAAUUGUUGGGCAAACAAAUAUAGUGGUUAUGUUAUU